AUUGGACCGUAGUAUUUCAGUAUUUCUAAUUCAGCGUCCCUCCCCAGCUACUGCAUCCCCUCCGCCGCACGCAGCAGUCCGCCGCCGCCCCUCCUACCUGAAACAGUCUCACCGUCUGCACCGCAUCUCUCUCCCUCUCACACUCUCACCUCUCCCUGAAAUCGCAGUUAUUUAAACUCUCUCAGUCCCCAACCCCUGCUGUUGAAGGAUAUGGGAGGCAGAGGAGUCAUUGGUGACAAAUGGUCGACGAGGGUUCUCUGGGUUUGUGCUCUAGGAAGUGUAAUCGUUUUUUGCAGGAGUUUGUUUUUUACUGUUUGUCAGAGGAAUGCUCGGUUAGUGAUUGGGGAGUUCUCCUCCAUUGGCAUUUCAAAGAGAAAGUUCAUUCUCUUUGGUUUAUGGAGGUGUGUGCUUUAUUAUAGGACCUUUUGGAGGAGAGGAACAAUAGAGUGUUUCAAGAGGGACCCAGCAAGGUUUGGUCUUUGGUAUGUAUAUGGUUGCUCAAGAAAGACAAUUACAGAACAGGCAAAGAAUGUUGACUGAGAGUCUUAAAGACGUUGAAUCUGGAGGAAAUGUUGAAAAUGUUUAGGCACUUUAGAGCGUUGUUGAAAUGUGAGCUCCAGACUAUCAAGAUUCUGCGUUUUCAAAUUGCUUCCAUUCCUUAUGGUGGCUACAAUUCAACACUGUGAGUUUCCAACCAUGUGAAAUAAUUAGAGCUUAUGAGCGAUGGACUUGGCUUUUGUUUGAAUUCAUGGAAUACAAUAAUUUUACCGAGUCAAUAUCUAGUGGUCCAUUUUGAGAAAUGGGAUUCAGAAACACACAUCUCAGAAGUUCACAAUUUUAAAAAACGUGUUUUUCACUA